CGUACAAUUCGUUUCUUUAUACCGGAUUAUCUAAAAUAUAUUUCUCUGUUGUAUUUUCAUCAAAAAUCUUGACCAUGUCCCAAAGUGUUAAGGUUGGAGAGGCACCAUGGACGACUCCAACAAAUUCCAGCAGAUGCAAGAUGAAAUGUCUAGGUUCGAAGCAGAAAUCUCCGGCGAGCAUGCCUUCCGGGGGGUGAUCAGCGCAGGCACAUACGGCGCGGUGCAACAGCGACUAGAACGGGCCAUCCCACCACCGCCGCCCCCGCCGACAAUGUUGUCGUUUGAGCCAAACAUGCCUGCCAUGCCCGGUGGCAUGCCCAACAUGCCGGCCAACAUGAACAUGAUGCCUCGCAUGAUGUUCCCUGCCGUGCCGCCGCCGCCGCCGCCGCCGACUAUGCCUAACAUGAUGAUACCAGCCUCUGUCCAACGUUUACGGCCCGGCGGCAUGCCCGAGUUCCCGAUGCACUUCCUCCGGCCCGGCAUGCCGGGCCCGCAGCUGGCGCCGCCGCCGCCACCCAAGCCGCAGCCCGUCGUGCUGUCCGCGGCGCCCAAGCUCUACAAGCAGACCAAAGAUGAAGACAAGGAUAAGGAGAAACAUGAGAGCAAGAAGAGGAAACGUUCUCCGCCGCCGGCGCGCAUGCCGUCGCCGCCGCGCCUGCCCACGCCGCCGCCGGCGCCGCCGCCCGCGCCCGUGCUGGCGGCGCCGGCCACCGUGACCGAGACACAACUCCCUAAAGCCAAGAAAGAGAAGAAACAUCGGAAGGUGGUUCGCACGGCGGGCGGGCAAGUGUGGGAAGACGUAACGCUGCUGGACUGGCCCGACGAUGACUUCCGCAUGUUCUGCGGAGACCUCGGCAACGACGUCACCGACGAGCUGCUGACACGAACAUUCAGCAAGUACAGCUCGUUCCAAAGAGCGAAGGUGAUCCGAGACAAGCGCACCAACAAGAGCAAGGGCUUCGGGUUUGUCAGCUUCAAGGACCCCGGAGACUUCAUCAAGGCCAUGAAGGAAAUGGAUGGCCGUUACGUAGGCAGCCGGCCCAUCAAGCUGCGCAAGAGCACGUGGAAGAACCGCGCGCUUGACGUCGUGCGCAAGAAGGAGAAAGAAAAGGCCGCCCUGCUCUCUCUGCUCAUGGCCGGAAACAAGAGCUGACAGUAACACUCUCUGUAGGUUUUCCUUUAUAUGUAUUCAUUUUUAAAAUUCUAACCAAUUUAUUUCCAAACCAAAGGAAAAACUGAAAAAUUCACACCUCCGGCAGGACACGAACCUGCACCUAUGCUUUGCCGGAGCCAGCACUUCCAUCAACUGAGCGCACGGAGGCCUGCUGGAUGUGUGCGAAUUUAUCCAUACCUUCCCUCAAUUCUUAAACGCCUUAGUGACGUAUUUUUUCCGUUUUUCCUUUGGUUUAGAA